CCCGUCAUCCACAUCGUUGGUUCCCGGGCCGUCGUCCUGUUCCACUUCUUAAAACGAGAUCCUGGCUUGAUCCCUUCACCGCCUCAGACGAAAUACGCGACUCCGGGCAAUUUCCAAAACUUUUCGAGACAAUUGCGCUGGCGGCCGCCUCCCCUACCCAGCGACGUGGCUGCUGCUGCGACUUGCGAUAACGUUAGAUAACACAAACCCGACGCGUUCGACCAACGGUUUCCGGGGCUACACUUGCCGUUACCACACUGAUACCUCCCACGACUUGCAAAUUGUCUGGGACAUGCACCAUGGCUUUCCAACAAUCAACACGGCAGCCCGUCCAGUGGGUGGACCGCAACGAACCAGGGCAAGGAGAGGCUGCAGCUCCCACUCCACAGAACCUCUCAGUGCCGAACGAGUCUCAGACAUGGGUUGUCUUUACUCCGGGAACUGACGCGGGAACCACGACCACGAACUCAACCUCUUACCUGAACUCAGUCCAAGACGGCCAAAUAACACCGGGUAGAUCGAGGAUCAGUGACCUCGGCAGCCUAGACACCGUUGCACGGUCCGAGUUCGAUUUACAAGCCGCCUCAGAGGUCAUAUCAGCAAGCGUCGCCGAGGAGGACGCCGAGCUCGACAGCCUCGACAGCCACCUACCCGAGUUUCGAAUUGUUCCAAACCAUUACAGCCAACCCGAGGUUGCACAUGCGGCACCGGUGCUCCCAGGGCAUGACGGCCUGGGCUCUUUCCGAUUUGAGACUCCAGGCAUGAGCCCCGAGGCUCAGGACCGAAUGUACGCCUUCGAGAGAUUUAACCCCAACCGCGUGGUGCACAAGCCCGAAGGUUUCAAUCUGGCUCAGUUGGAAACCCAGACGGAAGAGGCACAAGACUGGGAGCGCAACCACAGGAUAGAGGCCUGGCGGCUAGAACAGAGCCAGCUGCUCCUCGAAGACAUCCGAAGCGAGGCAAAGAGGAUACAGCAGUCUGAGGAGUCGAUUCGCAAGGUUCAACACACAGACAGCAUGCAAUCGGAGGUGGCUGAGAGGAGCGUUGCGGACGAGGAGGCGGCAGAUAUCAACCUCAGCGGGGCCGAUUGGCAUGACCAGGAUGAGCCAAUUCGGAGCGGGGCAAAGCCCGGCUCAUGGAGCCGAAUCGCGCGGAAGUUCAUCUCUGACGUGAUGGGGGUCGAUGACAAGCUGCUCGCGGUCCUCUUCGGGGAUGAGGUUCCGGACAACGAUAUGCUCUCGUCGACGCCUCAGGCAACCCCCACGGACGCCUUCGCCCCCGCACCGGGCCGCAUCGGGUCGGAGUCAUCGCAUGACUCCGAGUGGCAGCUGCGCAUGCUGGACCGGAUAUCCAGAGAGCUUGGCGUGCUUGUACACCAGAUGUCGACUCAUCCUGGUGCCUUCUCGACCUAUACACGGGUGCAGCACAUGGCUCUGCCGUAUGCCGGUCUGCCUGUUAUCCCCGAGAUGCCUGCCGACGUGAGCGAUGCCGGGCAGAGGAUGGAAGACAGCGUCCCGUCCAUGCCGCAGUUCAAGCCCACCGUGGACCGGACGGCCGACCUUCUCAGUGCGCGGCCCUCGGUGACCCCCACACCUUCGGCCCCAUCUGCUUCCGACAUGACUCCGAGUGAUAGCCAGCACACUUUCACGCAGCAAGAGUGGGAACAGGAUCUGGACAUCCGGCUGGUUUUCCGGUACCUGCGGUCCCGUUUCAGCUCGUCCCGCCAAGCAUCGCCGUCCUUCUCGUCGGGUACGUCACACCUCGCCACCUCCAGCACGCAGGACAUGGCGGCCAAGGCGGCGCGAGUGCGUCAGCAUCACCCCCUCGUGUCCCACGCACACACGCACGGGUACCACCGAACCCGCCCGGUCGAGCGGCGCACUUUCAAGGCGACAGUGCCGUCCAGCCCCGUCGCGAUUCGACACCCACCUGCGAGCUGUGCGAGUCAGAGCACCCGGCGGUCUGCGCGGAGGAGCAGCAUCUCGUCGAGACAGUCGUCUCGCCACUACUGGGAUAUUGGCGGGUCCAUCAAAACGGGGAGCGCCAUUGCGAGCACGGGUCCGAUGGGAAGCUGGGGCGAGGUCUGAACGGUGCUGCGCCAGCCAGUCGUCACCUCGUAACCGCAAGGGACGGCGCCCACCGCCGCAAAUGAUGGUAUUGUAUUUCCACUUCUCACUUUUCACUUUUUCUCUCG